UGCGAUCGCCGGCUAGUUCCGGACAACGCCUGGUGUGUGUGGUAACAACGGUGGCAGCGGCAGCGGCGAGAGUCAGAAAGAGAGAGAGAGAGAGAGAGAUAGGAGGACGGUUUUUUUCCGGCACGUACUUCCGGCAGGAGCGACGCGGGGAACCUGCUCGGGAGUCCUAGAGGCUUCGCGGGUCAGGUGAAAGCGAGAAGUGAGAGCAACAUAUUUAAAAUAUUAUAAACAUCUAGCUACAAUAAGGAGAAAAAUAUAGCAGAAGUUGAAUGAGGAAUCUGUUGCUUCAGUAGCCUUUUUCUUCAAGAGUGGGUCUUUGAAUGAGGAUGACAAUGGAAGAGAUGAGGAAUGAAGCAGAGACCACUUCUAUGGUUUCCAUGCCUCUUUAUGCCGUUAUGUAUCCUGUCUUUAAUGAGCUAGAACGAGUAAAUCUAUCAGCAGCUCAAACAUUGAGAGCAGCUUUUAUUAAGGCAGAAAGGGAAAACCCAGGUCUCACACAAGAUAUUAUCAUAAAAAUUUUGGAGAAGAAAAGCAUUGAAGUUAAUUUUACUGAAUCUCUUUUGCGCAUGGCAGCGGAUGAUGUAGAAGAGUACAUGAUUGAAAGGCCAGAGCCCGAAUUCCAAGACCUCAAUGAAAAGGCACGAGCACUUAAACAGAUUCUCAGCAAGAUUCCAGAUGAGAUCAAUGACAGAGUGAGGUUUCUUCAGACAAUCAAGGACAUUGCCAGUGCAAUAAAGGAACUUCUCGAUACAGUAAAUAAUGUCUUCAAGAAAUACCAAUAUCAGAACCGGAGGGCACUUGAACACCAAAAGAAAGAAUUUGUAAAAUACUCCAAAAGUUUCAGUGACACUUUGAAAACUUAUUUUAAAGAUGGAAAGGCAAUAAAUGUGUUCAUAAGUGCCAACCGACUAAUUCAUCAAACUAAUUUGAUACUCCAGACCUUCAAAACUGUGGCCUGAAAAAAAAAACUGUAUAUGUUGAGAGCUGUACUUUUCAAUGACGGAUAGGAUACCUUUAUAUGUAAACUUUAAAGUUUUGACUGUGUAAAUUAUCAAUCCCAAUUGAAGGGACUUAAUACAGGAUUUUGAAUGGGAUUUAUUGCCAUCUUACACCAUAUUU